UCAACUUGUUUAUGACCAUUUUUCUGUCACCCAGUUCACAUUUAGUUUUCAUAUUGAAGAAACUUGAAAUUUCACUAUCACAAUUUUACAAUAUUUAAAUAUGUCGCAUGUUAAACGACGUGAGAAGCCCACUAAGGAGUCGCGAUGGGAUCGCAUAAGGAAGCGUCACCAGCAGGCGAACCCUUUGGGGCUGAAGACGGAUGCGGUGCGUCGCUUUAUCGAGGCCGACUACGUUGGAAAGCGACAGGAGCGCCUUCUGAUCGAAGGAGAUGAGCCAAAGCAUUUGAAUCCAAGUGUUAUUAUGGACAUGCGGCAUAAGAUGUUUCAAAAGAUCCCUCACAAGUUGCCCCUGGCCACUUUGGCUCAUGAUCAUGGCAGCUCCUUGGAAGCCACCAAGGCACACAAUCUGGAGGUGGAGCAGCGUUUCAUCGACAACCAGCUGCAGAAGUUUCGCCAGCAGUUGGCCCGACAAUUCCAGCGAAGCAAGUCUCACCGAGUUCCUCCGACUAAGCCGGAUUUCAAGCUGAACAACGGACCGCUGGUGAAGAGUCUGGCCCAGGCGGCCCAGCACAUAGAUAACUUCUACAACACUCCUGUCCAGGCCUUGGGUCAGAUAGCGCAGAUGUGUUCCGAAUCCAAGACAGAGGCCACCAAGAGCCUGAUUCAGCAACUAAGACCGGAACCGGAGAAGGAAGCGGACAUGGAUUGUGAAUGGGCUGAGCAGGAAGCCCUGGUCAACGAGAUCCCUGCUUUCCUUGAGGAACAGGUUAUAUCCUUUGAUGCCCUCGAAUAUCGCAACUUUGCCAAGCAAGUCCAGGCGGACGAGAGCAAGGCGAAGCUGCUGCGGUGCCGCACUCCCAGUCCGCUGACCUCCACAGAAGAGUUCUUCCGGCCCAUGCGGGCGGCAGCGGAGCGCCAGAUGCUCCAUGUGCGCACUGUUCGCCACGAGGAGGAGUUGCAAGAGGGAAACAAGGAAGAGCAGCAACCAGAUGACAAACCCGCCUCGCUGAGAAGGGAAUCCUCCACCUGCUCAAACACAAGCGAUGGGAUAGACUCGGUGAUCUCUGAUUUAGCGGAGGAAGCGCUCUAUGAACUACAGUUGGAGGCUGCCGAAGAGCAGAACGAUCAACUCGACAAGGAAUUGCCUACACCGCCGAAGCACGUGCAGUUUCAGUUGCCCCAAAAGAAGACUCCCACACCGAGUACACAUCCUAUUGUAGAAUCAGAAGCGGAGCCUGACCCGGAACCACUACUUAUCCGGCGCAUAGAGUUGCCCAAGGUUGUGGUCAAGCCCAAGGAACCUGAGCGACCAGAGCUCCCCACCGAAAGCGAGGAUGAUUCGGAUGUGGCGCCUACACACGAGAAGCAGAAGAUCAUCGAUCAGCUCUUCCAUGCGAGGGCAAACACCCAAUUAGUGAUGAUGCGCAAGUACUUCCUCAAGUGGAUACACUUCACAACGAUGGAAAAGAUCGAGCGGGAGCAGGGGCAGAAAUGUCAAGCGCGUGACAAUCGGGUGCAGAAGAUCAACGCUUUCCUGGACAAGGUGAGGCAGGAGAAGAAACGACAACGUACAGAAGCUGUCAGCGAGACAAGUAAGAACACGCAGAAAUCCCUGGAGCAGCGGGAGGAGGCUGUGAAGCUAGCGAAACAAUUUAAGAACAAACUCAAAGUGCAGCAGGAUAUUAUUGAUUUGCAGCGGAUAAAGCUGGAGCGCCAAGAGCGGCUUAUCAUGCAGCUAAAACUGUCCAAACUCAGCGAUGAGGCCAAAGAGGCUCGUGAAGAUCUCAAGCAGGAGCUGAAGACGGUUAUCCGCUGUGGGGAUCCGAAGGCCAAGGCGAAGGCAAAAUGCUUGCAACUGAUCGGCAGUCUGCGCGACGCGGAUGACGAGGAAAUGGCCCGACUGCAGGGCAAGGCGCUACUUCAACCACGGUUUCUUCAGCAUAUGCAAGAGCGGGCAACGGAGCGCAGUAUCCGUCAUGAGCAGGCCCGUCAGCGACGGGCUCAGGCUGAAGCCGAAAGGGAGGCGGCCAAGGUAGCCCUAGAGGAAGCAAAGCGCUUGGAGGACGAAGAAGCCAAGCGACUGAGGAUCGAGGUGCUUAAAGAAAAGCGACGCCAGGAGAAAAUGGCCAAGGUCCUGAAGGAGCGAGAACGCCAACGCUUUAUAGAGAAUCAACGCAAGGCCGUGGAGUUUAGUCGACGGCUUCUGCUAAAACGAAUCGGCAUGGAGGGCUUUAAACGAUUGCUCCAACGCAAGCGCGAAAAUCUGGUCAAGAGCGAGGAGUUCCGUUGCCAACUUUUCAAAAAGCGCGCCUUCCAGUCGUGGCACAACUAUACUGCAUAUAAGCAGCGCGAGAAGAUGAUCCGAGCAGAGCGGUGCUGGCAUAACAUUCUCAAGCGACGCGCCCUUUUUGGUUGGAUGGAGUAUGUGCAGAAUGAGAGGACCAAGAUGCUGGUAGCCAUUGAUUGGCAUUCUCUGCAUGCUAUGGAAUACUGGUUCGGUCGAUGGCAUCACUACUCCACGCGCUGUCGGAUGAUCGAAGACACCAAGACUCGUCAGGCAAUCUCGCAUCAUGAGUGGCACCUUAAGUGGAAGGUGCUGGACUGCUGGCGACGCCUACCGCAGAUCCUCAAAAUCGAAAAGGAGACAGAAGAGCGACGCCAGCGGUGGCGCAUGAAAAUCUGGGAGCUGCUGCCCGAUUACAAACCGCGGGAGGACAGCUUGUGGUAGUUUAAUAUCUUUUCGUUAUAAUUUCUUAAUUGUAUUUAUUUUGAGUAAAUUUGAAAUUGCAUUAAGACCUUAAA